AUGUUUGGAACAGUUAGGCUCUAUCAGAAAGGUUCAAUGGCCAACGUCCUCAUAUCCUCCAAUGUCUACCCACAGGACAGGAACACGCGAUUAACACUUGGCUCAGUGCGAAACACCAAAGGCCUUUAUGCAAGCAAUUUCAAAGUCCUUGAAACCAAGCUGAGUGACGAGGAAAUUCAAAAGAAUGGAAACUUGAGUUUCCGAAAAGGUGAAAGGUGCUUCAAGCAUUAAAGAAAAUAGAAUACAUUUUAACAUCAACACGCCGUUGAGAAGAAAAAAAAAAGACAAACAAAACAAUUUAAACUUGGUCGGAGAACAAAGGUUCGGCCUUUGGCAUAUUCCUUGUAAACAGGGCAUGCAACAAUUUUAAGCAAUACAGAGCCAUUCUUUGUUUUCUUCAAAUGUGACUAAGUAGUAAUCCGCACUCAACUAAAGUCAUGACACUGCGAAGAAUAUUUUCUAUCCAGUGGAGAAAAUUACCGAAAAUCUCGUAUAUGGUAAGAAUUUGGAUUUUAGUUACCUGAACAUUUUCUAUGAAAUUAAAUUGAUCGAAAGUGUUCAAAAUUGGUCUGUUGUUAGAUAAGCUAAGUUUGCAAUGGUAAAGUCUGACGUUGAUGUCAAACCUUGAGUCAUGCAAGGUAGUUCUAAUUGUCGCAAGAGUCAUGCAAUAAUAACCCAAACCAAUUCAGAUUCGUUGGUUUCUUUAUGAAACCAAACUUCUGAUUGGUAUUACCCAUUAGCUAGACGGUUCUAUUGUCUGCAUGACGACAAACUACAAAGGGAAAAUUGUCUGAAAAAAUAUGGUAAGGCACAUAAAAGCUCACUCAUUUUCAUAAUUAUUUGCUUUUUUUUGAGUUUCACGACGACCAGUUUAACAGCCAUUCUGUCAGUGCACUUCAAGGCUGCAAGCGAUCAACAAAUUACUUUCGUUCCUGGAGAGGUUAACAAACACCUAACAUUUGAAAUUAUCAACAACAGCAACAAAGGGAGCAAAACUUUUCAGGUUAUUUUCUCGAACCCGCAAAGAUCUGUUUUGAUU